AUGGAUUUAACAACAACAAUCAAAUGUAAAGUUUGUGGAUCAUUUGAAUCGACGUCGUUCGAUGCAUUUAGAUUACAUGGUAUCAAUCAUUGUAUACCUUUGAUUGAAAGAUACUUUGGUGUCGAUAAUAAUAAUCAAUUGCAAGAAGAAGAAGAAGAUAAGCAACAACAACAACAACAACAACAACAACAACAACAACAACAACAACAAGAUAUAUUAAAAAAGAGAAAGAGAGAUCAUCAUGUGAAUCAUCAACAUCAACAUGACACCAUUAACAAGAUGAUAGUUGAUCCUCCUCAUCCUCCUCCUCCUUCUCCUAAUUCUACAACAACAACAACAACAACAACAAGUCUAUUUAAAAGUUUAAUUGGGUCAACAUAUAUUAGACAUAUAAUAUUCAAACAUGCAAAAGAGAUAAACAAGAUUGUGAAAAGAAAAACACGGUUUAUAAUUAAUUAUCAAAUCUAUGGUAAAGAUAUCAUCAAAUUACCUCAUCUUGGAAUGAUAUCAGAUUAUGCAAUGCCAUGGGACUUUAUCAAACAUUAUUUACCCACCAAGGAUAAUGUAUUGGCAAAGAGAAGAUGGUAUGUUAUUAGUCGGUAUUGUACACACCCAAAUGCAACAUUGGAUACACUCAAACAUCUAUUGGAAUGGUCACCAGAUUAUGAUCCUCAAAAUGAAUUAGAGGAAUGUCAUCAAUAUUUAUUUUACAAUGUUGUAUCAAGAGGACACACAGAUAUACUGGAACUGCUGCUAAAAAGAUAUCCAAUGAUCUCUAUGAAUGGAAAUAGUGAUGCAUUGUAUGCUGCAGCAUUUAAUGGACAGCUAUCAACCAUUCAACUAUUAUGUUCAAUCAAAGGUAUAAAAAGUAGCACCAAUGAGAUGGAUGAAGCUGCAGAGAGAGGUCACUAUGAAAUUGUCAAGUAUCUUGAUCAAAAUCGCAGUGAAGGGUGUACCUCCAAAGCCAUUGAUCAAGCAGCAGCCAAUGGUCAUUUAAAUGUUGUCAAAUACUUGCUAAAUUAUAGAACUGAAUGUUGUACAACAUUGUCAGUUGAUAAGGCAGCAGAAAAUGGUCAUUUAAACAUUUUAGAAUGGUUAAAUCAGAAUCGAUAUGAUCACCAAUGCACAACAUUGGCGAUGGAUAAAGCUGCAGAGAAUGGACAUUUCGAUACUUUCCUUGAUACAAGAGGUGAACCAUGUACAACUGCCGCCAUUGACAAUGCAUGUUUAAAAGGUCAUUUAGAUAUUGUCAAAUAUCUUUUCCAACAUCGUUCAGAAGGUGGUACUAUUAAAGCUAUGGAUAAUGCAAAGUCGCUUGAAAUAGUUAGAUUCCUUCACAGAGCUGGGGCAGCAUGCUCAACUGCGGCAGUUGACAAUGCAUGUUUAAAAGGUAAUUUAGAUAUUGUCAAAUUCCUUUUUGAAAAUCGUACAGAAGGUGGUACUCAACAAGCUAUCAUUAAUGCUUGUAAAAGUGGUAACUUUGAUUUGAUAAAGCUUGUUAUUUCAAAUAGUACUGAAAAAUGUACAACCAAAGCAGUUGACGUUGCUAUAAAGAAGAAUUGUAGUUUGGAGAUUAUUAAAUACCUCGAUCAAGAAUGUUCAGCUCAUGGUUUGGUAAAUGCAAUCACCAAGAAUGGUCGAUUAGAUGUUGUGCAAUAUUUCCAUCAACGAUACCCAUCAUCUACUUCUAUUUGGACUAAUGAUGUAUUGGAUGAAGCUGCCCAAUCAGGUGAAUUGGAUAUUGUAAAGUUUCUUCAUGAAAAUAGAACUGAAGGAUGCGGUACUUUGGCUAUGGAUAAUGCAGCCAAGUGUGGAUAUAUUGAUAUUGUUAAAUUUUUACACUUUAAUCGUACAGAAGGGUGUUCAAGAUGGGCUAUGGAUAGAGCAGCACAAAACAAUCAUUUAGAGAUUGUUGAAUUUCUUCAUGAAAAUAGAACUGAAGGUUGCAGUGAUCUAGCACUUUGGGGGUCCAACCACCCAGAUAUUUACAAUUAUAUAUUGUCAAACAAAAUAAUACCGAUUAGAGAAAUUAAAAAUGGAAGGAUAAAAACAAUACAAUAUGAAGAUGAAAAGGAAGAUUACUUUGAAAUCAUUGAUCUCAUUAAUAAAUAUUAA